CGCGGUUUCCAUCAUCGAGACCAGACGUUCCCGCCGUAACCUUUCGUCGCCAUUGUAACUAUGUAUCACAUCGUUGAAUCGUAUAUAAUGCUUAUCACAAUCUAUCGAUAAUGUCGAAUCCAGAGGAAAUGGACAGCUGUGUCUCAGCUACACAAGAGACUUAUAAAAAUGCCAAGGAGGAGGACUCCAAAAAGAGAAGUUUCAAUGAAAACCAAAAUGCAAGCUGGGGCGAAAGUCAAGAUUUUUGUCUUAUCGUCGAAGGAGAUAGCAUGACAGAGGGAGAAAAGCUCUCUAUAAAAGAUGAAGACGCUAAUCGCCAAGAUUCUACAGAACAGUCGAAUCUACAGCAGAUUCCAGUGUCACAGACAGAUGACAAAGUGGUCACAAAUGAUGAAGUCAAAAAUAUCGAAGAUGAAAAGAUAAUGGAAAACGAGAGUGUAGGGAAUGUAUUCAGCGAUGUAAACGAUUCGGAGAGGAAAAAUGAAUUUUCCGAUGAAGACGAAAUCAUCCAAGCUACACCUCCGCAGAAUCAUUCGCCGUCUAGGAAAAGUGCCGGCAAUAUCGACAUUACGGGUUUAAAACGGAAAGCUGAGUCCAUUGACGAACCCCCUGCUAAAGUCACCAGAACGGUGUCUAUGAAAGAUAUAGCGGACACUGAGAAACGACUGGAGAAGGAAGAGGAGGAGAGUCGUCAGUCUGGCGAAUCUGACGACUCGUAUCAAGAUUUAUUCAAAAAUAUUGACAGGCACGUCGUAAUAGAGGAGACCCAGGAUCCAAUCAACCAAGAGUUUACUCAGAACUCUUUGGCGAGCCCUUUAGAACGUACGACAAUCGAUGAUGAUAAAACGCAGAACCCUCAUCACUCCGAACAAGUAAAUCAACAAGAGGAAGUCUUUUCUGAGAAAUGUUGCAAUAUGGAGAAGGAUGAGAAUCUGAAUGUUUCCGCGAAACUGACCGAUGUUAGCGCCAAUGACAGUAUUGUCGUCAACAUAAAUUCCAUAAACGAAAGUGACUCGCAAGUGGAAGACAGCGAUUUGCCGAUUGAAGCAAAGAGGAAUGCUGAUUCGACGGUCGCUGUCGAGAAAUCUGCGACUGAAACGUUAGACGAGACGGACAGAUCUGUAAAAGUAAAGAAUACCGAAACACUUUUCGGCGAAAGCAAUAAAGUUGAGCACACGAAUUGCAUCGAGAAAACCGCCGAUGAUGAUAAAAAAAUCUCGUCUUCUCAGAUCAAACUACGAACCAGCGUGGAACUUAUAUACGAAAGCGCGAGUCGAAUUGCCGACAAUGACGAAAAAAAAUCAAAGCCGGAAGUGGUGGAGAUCGACGAGGACGAAGGUGACAAGAUUGUAGACUCGUCGACCGAGGUGAUAUACGAUCGUAAAAAUACUAAACCGGAGCCGGAAGUCGUCGAGAUCGUCGACGACUCACACGAGGAUGUUGAGAAGACUCAUCCGGGAUUCGUCCCGGACUCGGGAGAGGGUUCCGAGAUACAGACUGUGGAAAAGAGCAGCAUCGAUUUCAGCUACAAGUCCACAGAGAGUAUGAAAGAGUCGUCGUUGGAUUCUAGACCACCGACAACGGAUAAUAAGAUGGUGAACGGUAGCCUUGAAUCCAAGAAGGCUGAUAACGACGUGACCCUGAGCAUGGAAUCGGACACAUUCUCCGGCUGUGAUGCGCCAAUCUUUACGAAAGCCGACAUCAAUGUAGACAAUGUGAAGAAACUGGAUAAUGUCAAUUCCUUCGUGUUCAGAGACCCGGACAAUAUUGAGCUGAUCAGUCUAAGCGACACUGAUACGUCCAAUGUGGAGGAAAAGAGCAAGUCCGAUCUAAUCCACAACAGUGCGCCGAUCAAGACCGUGCAGAUGGAGCGAGAGAUCGGUAUGUAUGUCAAACUCAAGUGCAUGAUUCACAUGGACGAAAACACGAAGGAGUACGUGAACAAGGAGCUGACGGCAGUGCAUUGCGAGCCCGUAAUCGAGUCCACGAUGGGUAGACAAAAGAACGAGGACAGCCAAUCCUCAUUAGCGGACAUCUCUGAUAAUAAGGAUUCGCCGCCCGGUUCUGUCAAUAGCAAUCCCCACUUGUAUCAACUGAAUCCUUCCCGACUAUCUAUCAUGUCGUCCAUCAGCUCAUCGAGCUCGGCGUCCAGCGCCGCUGCUCUAGCCGCGAAACUCGCCUUGAAGGCGCUGGGGCCGGCGAGGUACACGAAGAAACUGUCUUCCCAGGAAUCGCUAUUGACAGACAAAUUGAUAUUGGACGAUAUCUAUAAUCGCGUGACGCGCGAGUGGAAAAAUCACCACUUGGUAACCGCGACGAUCCUGAAUUGCGCGAACACGGAGCUCAGUACAACGAAUGUUGGCAAUAUUGAGCUGACAGAUCAUCGUAAUACUCAUCACUUGAGAGAUAACUUUGUACGUUCGUCGACACCAUCGGAAGAUGCCGCAGCCAGUGCGAAAAUCGAAUUAACCGCCACGCCGAAGAACACGAAGAAAGGGAAAGCUGUGAAGAGACCGAGGAGUAAAGUGGCGAAAUCGAACGCUGUACAGACCAAUGGCAACGAGGACAUGGCGAAUAUAAAUACCGAGCCGACUCUGCACGCUUCCUCCGUUGCAGAGACCGACACACCGUCCGGCAAGAAGAAGAGCAGAUUAGAAAGUACGGAGAAUAAAUUAGGCGUGGACAUCUUGGCGAAUUCGUCGCUGCGAAACGAUCCGGCUGACGAACUGAUCGGUAAAAGCGUAUUCGCCAAAUGGUCGGACAAUAAUUACUAUCCCGGUAUGGUGGAUGAUCGACUCAAGACCAAGUACAAGGUGAACUUUUACGACGGCAAGAGCAAGACGCUUAUACCGGAGUUCGUUAUACCGAUACCAAAGAUUCUGAGGGAGGGUCUGUCCGUUUACGCGACUACGAAAGCUAAUGAUUAUGGCUCCUGCGGCAUUAUCGUCGAUUCCCACAUGUCGUCGACGGUAAGCAACAGCGAUGAUAACAGCGACACGUACUACACGGUGGAGACCGACGAGGGUGAGCGAUUGCGCGUGCAAGUGCGGGACAUUUUCCUCUCGGCCGAUCAAGCACAGGUGCUAAAGGAAGAGGUGGACUCCGCUAGUAAGAGUUCUAUGCCGAGCACGCCGAAGACGCUCGGCCAAGUGACGCUCGACAACAUGGUGGACGGCAAACGGCGCUCGAAACGGAUCGGCACACCGGUCUUCUCGACCCCCAAGUCAAAAAGCAACGGGACGAGCAGUUCUACUAGCAAGAUCAAAUCUUCGGAACCCUCUGUGUCCGGCGUGUCCGUCAGAUUAAAGGACACGUUGUCGGAGAACGAGGGCCUGUCGAGCGAUUCGAAUGUCGAAUUGGCUCAGGUGCAAGACGAGUAUGUUCUGUUAGGUUUGCAGAAGGAGAUAAUCGGCACGCCGUACGAGCAGAUUAUGAAGGGUCCGCAGAACAGAAUCAAAGGCAAACCACGCAACAAAAAGAAGGUAGAAGAUCCGCAGACUAUCGCCACGCUUGGCCCGAUCCCAACAAACUCCAACAUUUUUAAAGGCAUGUCGUUCAUUCUCACUUGCGUAUCCUUGGAAACGUUGGACAGGUAUAAAGAUACAGCGUCCGCUGCGUCAGGCAUAGAAACAGAAGCUACCGACACAGAUGUCGAGACCGAAAACGAGGAGGAUUGGGUAGAGCGGCCGUUUGUGCGCCACAGGCUGCACGCGCAGAUCCUGGCGGGUGGCGGUAAGAUUUACGAAGACUUCGAUCAGAUACCAAAGGACGAGUACAAAAAUACGAAACUCAUCACAAACGUGCCAAACACGACGACAAAAAGCAUACUGUGUCUUUCAGGCAAUCACAAGUGGAUCAUUAGAUGCUGUUCAGAAGGAAAGAUUGUAAACGCGGCGGAGGAUGCGCUUCCUACCGGUUGGAGUUUGCAGAAGAAAGCCUAUGUAGAAAUGUUCGAAGCGGAUAAAAGUAAGCCGCUGUUGGAAAACAUCGUGAUAAUUCCCAAUUUGGUAUCCGUUAGGCAGUUUACCACAUUCUGGCGGCAAGUUUGCGAGAAUGCGGGCGCGGUGGUCUUAAUCGUCGAUAACUUGGGAGCCAUGGAAGCCCUAGAUUUCGACAGUAAUGUAAUAGUCCUGUCUAGUAGGAGAUGCCCAUCAUGGGCUGUGGACAGAGCAAAUCACUUACGAAUUCCAAUACUGUCGACCACGUGGGUAAUUCAGUGCUUAAUCGAGGGUAAACUCUGUCCACAUGAUCAGCAUCCGCGUUAUAAAUAUAAUUGCAUACCAAAUUAAGAGAGCUGAUUAGUUUAUUGUUU